AUGGCUGGUUGUUUUGGGAGCCCAGUAAAAGUAUCGAGUAAACUAUUCAAACGACUUGGAUCAUCGGUUUCCUUUGGUGAUUUUUCAGAAUGUGGUACAGCUGAACCGAACCAAUUGUUAGAACGUCAGCCAUGGCAAAAACUUGUAUCGAUAUUCUUAGCUGAACUGUUUGGUACUGCGUUUUUAAUGUUGUUUGGUUGUAUGGGAUUAGUUCCUAAAUAUCCGGGUGGAGAACUUGGUCAAUACAGUGGUGCUAUUGCAUUUGCUGGUAUUGUAGCUGUCACUAUUUGUAUUAUUGGUCACAUCAGUAAUUGUCAUAUAAAUCCGUGUGUUACAUUGUGUGCGUUACUUCUUGGUAAAUUACCAAUAUUAACAGCAAUUAUUUAUUUCUUAGCCGAGUUUUUAGGAGCUAUGAUCGGUUAUGGAGUUCUAGUGGUUAUUUCACCUUAUAAUAUAUUAAAUUCAUUAGAGUCUGGAGUUUGUGUAACAAGCCCAGUUAUAGGUUUGACUGCAUGGCAAGCCCUUUUAAUUGAAGCUAUAACAACAGGAGUUUUGAUACUUUUAGUAUGUUCUGUCUGGGAUCCUAAAAGUGGUAAUGGAGAUUGUGGUUCUCUGAAAUUUUUAGCUUUGAUAUUUGUGACAUCAGUAGUUGUUGGCCCUUUUACUGGAAAUAGUUUGAACCCGGCACGAUCAUUAGCACCAGCAAUCUACAACAAUUCAUGGAACAUGCAUUGGGUAUACUGGGUCGGUCCAUUUUCCGGAACAAUAACAUCAACGCUCUUCUACAAAUAUAUUUUUAUGGCAUUAGAUAACGAAGAACGAUUAAAAUAG